AGGUCGUCGUCUGCUACGACGAUUAAAGUUUGAUCUGGUUUCCAUUAUCAAACGUAAUGAUAUUUAGAAGAUUUAUUUUACGUUCUCAGAACAUAUCGCAGGUGCAGAUCAUCUGGCGAAAUCUUUCUGAUUAUCAAAGAAAUGUGAAUAUAGCUUACACCAUUUAUCCCGAGGGAAAUUUAGUGAAAAAUCAACCCACACCUGUUUUUGUGCUCCAUGGACUGUUUGGCAGUAAAUCUAACUGGCGCAGCCUUGCUAAACGAAUUGCUUUAGAAACUAAAAGACAGGUUGUCACAUUAGAUGCCCGAAAUCAUGGAGAGAGUGGCCAUGACCCUAAAAUAAACUACUUACUUAUGCGAGAUGACCUUCUGAGAAUGAUGGAUGCAAUGGGUGUUGAGAAAGCAAUACUUCUUGGUCAUAGCAUGGGUGGAAAAACGGUUAUGUGUUUUGCUCUUUCCAAGCCAGAGAGAGUGAGUAGCCUAAUUGUUGUGGAUACUGCACCAGUGAUCAGCCCUGGAGGUAAGAUGUUCAAACUUUAUGCUGAGGAAAUGAAAAAUGCUGACAUCUCAUCCAUCUCUUCCCUGACAGAGGCAAGAAAUAAAGUUGGAAAUGCACUAAAAGCUGUUGUUUCUGAUGUUGGAAUCCAACAAUUCCUUCUCACUAAUCUGACACAGUCAGAGAACAAGACCAUAGCCUGGAGAGUCAAUUUAGAUGCCAUCAUUGACAAUGUUGAUGACAUUUGUUCCUUUCCAGAAUUUGCAUCCACAUAUGACAGGAAAGUUCUUUUCAUUGGAGGAUCAGAUUCAGAGCAUAUACAUGAGUCAGCUAAGCCAAUCAUCAGAAAGCUUUUUCCAACAGCAGCAAUUGAAUAUAUCUCAAAUGCAGGUCAUUGGGUACAUGCUGACAAGCCAGAAGAGUUUUUACAAAAAGUGAAAGAAUUUAUUCAUAGUACACAUGGAGAAAGCUAAUUUGUUUGAAGAAUUGUGAUAGGAUAAAUUUAUUUAAAUAUGCUGAUUCCAGAAAUUCAGCUGAAGUUACCCACACUUCAUUUCAAAAGAAUUUUACACAAAGUGUUGUUGACCUUUCAUACUUUGCAGUUUGCCACUGUUUCAUAUUACUUGGUCUCUGGCCAUUUUAAUAGCUCUGCAUUUUCUGUAUAAUUCAGAGCCACAAACGUUUCAAACGUUUUCAGGCAAAGCCAUGCAGCAGCAAAUGUAGAUUUUGUGAAUUUCACCAGAGUUCAUAUUCUUUAUGUAGGCAGCAAGAUAUUUACGCCAUGCCUUCUCCCUUGAAGCAUAAACAAACAACUUUCCCAGCACAGGGCAGUCAUGCAGAAACUGAACUUUUUUGAUAAUUUUAUCCUUUGAAAGUAUAUAUAUAUAAAAACAGACAAAUGUAAUGAAAUCAUUCAAUGCUAGGAUAACCUGUUGCAGUCUGUAUAUGCUAUUAUAGUGAAUCCCAUAACAUACUCAGACCCUACAGAAGUAUGACUCUUGUAUGUUAGUGCUAUUUUUCAUUCUUGCCAAGCCCUCUCAACAUAUGGCACUUACGUUAUGUCACUGACUUGAUUCAAGUUACCUUACCCUGCACGCUAUAGUGUUUAUUAUAAUUCAGUGUGUACAUUCAUACUUCUAGUAUUUCUGUACUACCAAUGUAAAUUUGUCUGGAAGGAGAUAAACAGGUUGAAUAUAUUAGUGACUUGUUCAAGAAUUACUUUCUGAUCAGGCAUAUAUACCUAUCAGUCGAAUGAACACCUUUAUUGAUAUUAUCUUUUUUUCAGUUCUUACUUUGAGAUCUAUGUAUAAUUUUACCACUUAAUAAUUAGAAUUCAACAUGGUUAAACUCAGAAACUCACCUUUGUAAUAUAUGAUCAUUGAUGUUCAAAAUAUACAUAAAUUUGUCAUCUAAAAUUAUUUGUUAAACAUGACUGACUGCAGGACUGGAGUACAAUGUCAAUGCUUAAUAGUUAGUCCUGGGCAAUAUGUCCAAUGAUAAAAUAUUGCACGCAUUAAUAACUCAAAAGUAUAUUUUCAGUAAAACUUCACCUCAGAUUACCAGCACGGUAUGGUUUUGAUGAUAAAGUCUGGAUAUUUACCUUUGCUAUCACUGCUGAUUUUUUAACAGGACUGCCACUAUCUUGAAUACGUAACAAGCAAUCGCCA